UGCACGAGUGGAUCGAAAGAUCAUACUAGACGAUCAUGACAGUUUGCUGACCGGCAAGCUCUUGAUUUUUGCGAUUGUGGCUCAGUAGAUGAAGGAACUGUCUUCAUACAGGUCAUGCAUGCAUUGGGACGGUCUUUCUUCGUUCCGGAACUUUUCACAAACGAGCCACGAGACAACGUGAUAUGCCGUUCGCUGCUUCUGAUGUGAAACCAACCCCGUCUUCUUUUGCAAAGUUGCACCUCCAACAACAGACGUGCUCAUGACUUACUUUGAUUGUAUUGUUGUUGGCUCAGGCCAUGCGGGGAGUUGUGCCGCACUUUCAUCGCUACAGGCAGGGUGUCAGAGAGUUUUAAUUGUCGAUAAGUGUCCCCCAGCUUGGGUUGGGGGAAAUGGUUACUUUACUGCUGGGGCCCAUAGGACUGUGCAUGGUGGACUGCAAGACUUGGCGCCUAUCGUAAAUAAUCUAACUUCAGAGAUGGUCGAUCGGAUCGACAUGGAACCGUACAGUCGUCACCAAUUCUUUGAGGACAUCAUGCGGCUCGGGAACGGCAAAGCAGACCCUGUGCUAGUUAGUGCAGUGGUUGACAAUUCACGGGACGCGAUACAAUGGCUCGCUCAAUCUGUCAAAGUCCCUUUUGUGUUCUCUUUUCAUCGCCAAGCAUAUGAAGUUGAUGGACGCCAAAAAUUCUGGGGAGGAAUGGUCCUUAGUGUCAAGUCCGGGGGGAAAGGUCUCAUAGCGGCACAUCAAGACGCUCUACGCAAGGCAGGUGUUGAGCUUUGGUUUGAUGCCCCUUGCAUGGAACUUCUAAGGGAAGGAAAUGCGAUCGCGGGAAUUGUCGUUCGGAGGAACGAAGUUGAUAUCACUCUGAAGACGUCUGCAGUCAUCCUCGCUGCUGGCGGCUUUGAGGCGAACUCUGAGCUAAGAACCAGGCACUUGGGACCCGAGUGGGAAGGGGCCAAGGUUCGGGGAACACCAUUUAACACGGGCGAUGGAUUUCAGCUCGCCCGGGCCGUAGGUGGUAAGAUCACAGGUGACUGGGCGGGGUGCCACAAUACUGCCUGGGAUGCAGAUGCUCCAAGUGAUGCUGGGACACGGGACGUAACUAACCAGUACACAAAAUCCGGUUACCCACUGGGAGUUAUGGUAAACUCCGACGGGGUACGGUUUGCUGACGAAGGCGAGGACUUCCGAAAUUACACUUAUGCGAAGUUUGGGCGGGCGAUAUUAUCACAGCCCGGGGGAAUCGCUUUCCAGAUCUGGGACGCAAAAGUCAUUGGGUCAUUAAGAAAGGAAGAAUAUGGCGACGGGAUUGUUGACAAGACGAUGGCGAAUAGCAUUGAAGACCUGGCGCGUGAGCUCUCUGCCAAGGGGUUGAAAAAUCCGGAUGCACUUAUUCGAACACUGAGUGGUUUCAAUGCGGCAGUUGAACGGCACCAGAGAGACUUUCCCAACCAACAGUGGGAUCCCACAGUCAAAGACGGACUGUCCACUCAGUCGAGUAGCUGCCUGCUUGACAUACCCAAGUCAAACUGGGCUUUACCGAUUAAUCAGUCUCCUUUUAUGGCGGUCAAAGUUUGCUGUGGAAUCACCUUCACAUUUGGAGGUUUAGCCAUCGAUCCCGAAACUGCUGGAGUUAUUUCUGAAGAGACUGGACGGUCCAUUCCGGGUCUCUUUUGCACUGGAGAAAUGGUUGGAGGUCUUUUUUACAAUAAUUAUCCUGGUGGUAGUGGCUUGACUGCGGGUGCGGUAUUCGGGCGCAAAGCUGGUGCUAGUGCUGCAAAGCUGCGUCUUCAACAGUAGACUACGUAGAAGCUCGAUUGAUAUGACGUCAUCGAUACUUUGGCUCCUUUUUUUUUUUUACUCUGAACACGGUCCCACCGCCCUUCCUUGGCUUGUUCCAUUACCAUCAC